UUACGCAUUUCCGUUAUUCAUCUGGCUGCAGAUUGUAACUAAACAAACAUGGCUCUGCUUAAUGAUUAGAUUACGGAUUUCAAUGGCUCGUAAAGAGAUGAAUAGGCAAUAUUAUGUAAAAACCAAGAGACAUCGUGCCAAGUACAAAGCCGUAAAUGGAGUUUCGAUGCAGUCGUUGGUUUUAUGAGCGCUGCGUAGCCUUGUGCGACCGUGUUUACACGUAGCUAGCCCUUCUGUGGGCUAAUGUAAGCUAGCAAGAUGGACCUUGGAACAAUGUUGUACAACAAUUUAAAAGAUAUUACGUGGAGUACGACAGCCUUGCCAUUAGAUCAACUUGUCAGUGCUUAUAGGUUGCCUCAAAUCGUCAAGCUGGACAACGGCCAGUUGGUCGAAGGGCUUCGAGACAAUGACUACCUCUUGAUUCAUUCCUGUCGUCAGUGGACAACUAUUACUGCUCACAGUCUCGAUGAAGGACACUAUGUGAUUGGACCUAAAAUAGAAAUUCCUGUUCACUAUGAAGGUCAGUUUAAGCUGCUGGAACAGGACCGAGAUGUCAAGGAGCCUGUGCAAUACUUCAACAGUGUGGAAGAAGUGGCCAAAGCGUUUCCUGAAAGGGUCUACGUCAUGGAAGAAAUCACGUUCAAUGUAAAGAUGGCUUCAGGGGAAUGCAACGAAGACACUGAAGUUUACAAUAUAACACUAAGCACUGGCGACGAGCUGACAUUAAUGGGCCAAGCCGAGAUCCUCUACGCCAAGACGUCCAAAGAGAAAUCCAGAUUCAACACCAUUUUUAAGAAGAUCGGGAAGCUGAACUCCAUCAGCAAGAUGGGUCGAGGCAAGAUGCCCUGCUUGAUCUGCAUGAACCACCGCACCAACGAGAGCAUCAGCUUGCCUUUCCAGUGCAAAGGUCGCUUCAGCACGUGCAGCCCGCUGGAGCUUCAGAUGCAGGACGGCGAGCACACCAUUCGAAACAUCGUGGAGAAAACGCGGCUGCCGGUCAACGUCACGGUGCCCGGCGCUCCGCCCCGCAACCAGCACGACCUCCACCUCAUCCGGGAAGGCCACCGCUACAAACUGGUCAACAUUCAGACCAAGACGGUGGUGGUGUGCUGCGUCCUGCGCAGCAACAAAAUCCUCCCCGUCCAUUUUCCUUUCCACGUGGCCCUGCCUCGCUUUAUUGUUCCGGAGGAGCUGCUGCAAGGCGAGCUGUGGCUGGACACCAUGGUGCAUCGCUGGUUCUCCUUCUGCCAGGAGCAGUUCGACAUCGACGACUACUCGCGCGCCGUGCGGGAUGUGCGGACGGACUGGAACGACGAGGGCAAGAGCCCCAAGAAGCAGAGCGGCGGCAACGGCAACUGCUGCGGCGGCGGGACCUCCAACGGGUGUCCCAACAGCACGCAGCUGCCCAGCUCGUUAACGUACGCCCGGGACGAACUGACGCAGUCCUUCCACCGGCUCUCGGUGUGCGUGUACGGCAGCAACCUGCACGGCAACAGCGAGGUCAACUUGCAGGGCUGCAUGAGCCUCAGCGGCGAUUGGGCACUUCUGCCCUCUGACAGCAUUCCGACAGAGCCGACGGAAAACGAAAGCUUUUCUGCCGAAAUGUUGGACUGCCCCAACCAGCAGGCGUCCCUCAUCAAGUCCGACGUUCCCUAUGAGGAGCUGUGGUUGGACCACUUAAGAAGCCAGAUCCCCAAGUCGUCUUUAACUGAGGGCGGUCAAGCCCUCAACAACGGCUGCGCUACGACGGCGACGACGGCAUCGCCGUCUUACCCGCUCGCGUGCCCCCUUGGCCCAGUUACCAUUCCCGAUGUGGCACUCACGCCGCCGCCAGUUCCGCCCAAAUCUGAAGCCGUGAAAGAAGAAUGCCGCCUAUUGAACGCCCCGCCGAUUCCGCCGCGUAGUUUGAAACGGAUGCCAUCGGUCCCGCUGCUGUCCAAGCCUCGGCAGCAAGCCACCCGCUCGCCCAGUCCAACUCUUUCCUAUUACUCUUCUGGGCUCCACAGCAUUGGAUCGUGCGAACAAGAGGCGUCUGACCCACAAGAAAAAAGCAGCGUGUGCUACCCGUGUAAGUGGUCUCACGCCGCCAGCGGCGAGCCAGGCGUCGCCUUGGUGAGCAGCAGCUUGCCGUCUGACAGGAUGUCGUCCAGGUUGUCUUGGCCCAACAACUUCAGCGGAGGUGAUUGUCACGCUUUGGAUGACUUUCUCCCAGCCGGCUCCCGCAGCUACUACAGUUACCCGCGAAACAGGUCCACGAGCAAUCCCAAAACCUGCAGCCUGGUCGACUUUGACAGCCCGGAGCACGCGCGCGGCACCAAAAGUCUCAGGUUGCGGAACCAGUCUCCGAGCAAGUCCUGCACCAAAUCCUCCGGUUCCAAUUCGGAAAUGUACAGAGACGGAGCGCCGGACGAAUGCAGCGCAAAGCAGAGGCUCUCUUGCCCCAUCCUACCGCCCAGGACAGCAAAGUCAAACAGCAUGAAGAGGAGUUCGGAGUUCGCAUCGGGACCAGCCUGUGACAGUCAGCAGGACAGCUCCACUUCCUGCCUCGUUCAACAGAGGGAACAGGGAGCACAAGACCCGAGUUCCACCUCCAACUGGGAAACCGCCAGCUCCAUCUCGGAGUCCCCUUCAGCACAUUGGCAGCCCCCGCCAAGCCUGACCGGCCUCUCCAUCGAAGAGGUGUCCAAAUCCUUGCGAUUUAUCGGCCUACCCGACGACAUCACCUCCCUCUUUAUAUCGGAGAAGAUCGACGGGAACUUGUUACUGCAGCUCACCGAAGAGAUUCUCUCCGAGGACUUCAAACUGAGCAAACUGCAGGUGAAGAAACUCAUGCAGUUCAUUAACGGAUGGAGGCCCAAGAUAUGACAACAGCCGAGACCGCCUUUGACAAACCGUACAUGCUAUGCACCCCUCAGCCACAAUGUGACCUUGACCGGAUUACCCAGUCACCACAUUGCGUGCGUGGGGCUUCCUUAUCACUCUUUAAAAUCUGUGACUGUUAUUUGCAAACCAGAUGGAACCAUUUAGCACUUUUUAUUGGGUCAUUUUUCAUGUGGGCAACAUGGUUCCUUUUUGUCGUCUGUAGUGUUCUUGUCACCCUCAAGUUGUGGCCAACAAAUGUAAAAAAAAAAAAAAAAAAAAAGUGUAAUCAUUGAUGUGACUGGCACAGGGAGCAAGAUUAUCUGCUAAAGAAACCAAAUGAUAUGGGACUGCUAUUUUUUGGGGCAUGCAAGGUGCAGGACAGCGUACAGGUUCUCCGCAUCGUAAGCAAACUAUCUCCAGACCUGUUGAUGGGGUGCACACAUACUGAUUUUGACCAUCUUAUUUAUUUCUUAUUUGAUGAGAUUUUUUUUGAAUGUGAGAUAUCCCAUGCAUUACAAGAACCUUAUCUUAAAAAAGAAAGGUCUUCUCUCUGCUUUUAGGGCGGAGUGGACUCAAACUGACCUGUGUCCAAACUGAUACAAUAUUCAAAGAGAAGAGUUAUAGUCUUUAAUCGUGUGGGAUACCGUAACAGGUUAAAAAAGUUUCCUAUAGAGUAGUUUUACCGCUCCCACACAGUUGAAACACAUUGAAAUGUAUUACGUUUUUUUUCUUUUUUAGUCUUCAUAGAGCCUGAUCUCACUGUCUUGCUCGCAACAGUUCUCUCAAAAGAAGCCCAGUGUGCUUGCUUCAAGCAGUUUGUUUCUCCCAGUUCAAGUUUAUUGUAAAGCUGACCCAUAAAACAUGAGAAGUAAACAUUGCAUAUUUCGAUACCAAGCUAUAAGUAUAAUAACUCUGAAUCCUGUACGACCCGUUAAAAACAAAGGAUCGCUCGCUGUUGUCGAAGAAAUAGAAGAUUUUAGGCUAACUGUUAGCUUAUCCGCUCACGACAUUUCAGUUGCUUAACAUUUACAACAUCAAGAUCACAGGAGAAUCAUUCAGAUUCAUCUGAUAAAAGGCCUUUGGAGACUUUGAUCAGACGAGGAGGAACAAUAAUUCUAUUCGGCCUUAAUCAGAAUGUGUAUACCCCGCCUUCUGUUGCCACUUUCAGACAAUUCACUUCUCACCUCUUUUGCCACCUUCCUCAUUUGCUCGAAUGUAACCACGUUCCAAUAGCUCAAGCCCGAGGAGAAAAAACACUGAAUGUCCAUCAUGUAGCUUUGGCCACGAGAACCCCAUUUUUUUGUCUUGUCAACUUGCAGAUGUCUUCCAGUGCAAUAGAAUUAAGGGCUACUCGCCAGUUUGAAUACGAUCAUUUUGUUCUGUUGUCACGGCAGCGACGUUAACCGGAAUUUGUACGGCAAGGUUUUGUUUUUCUCGACAUAUUCUCUUGAAGUGACACUCACAACGGUACGAAGCUAUGGAUGGCCAUCGAUGAGCUUUCAGCAGUUUCUUGUCCACUCUGCCCUCUAACUGUGCCUUUUUACUACCAAACAAUGAUGAACCUCUUAAGUCAAUGUCUCGCUCGAACUAACAAUCAAAAUAUGCAUCGCGCACUUUUACUGCCGUUACAGUUCAAGUAAGAACGUCCCAAGACGGAAUGCACUUCAAGCUUUUUUUUUUUUUCAUAAACUAAAAUGGUACAUCGUCAUCAUCAGUAGAUUAAGUGUCCUGUGAUGAAAAGAAAGGACAUUUCAUUUUGGCGAAACUUUUUUUUUUUUUGUGCCAACGUCUUGGGAUGAGAAACUCGACCUUUAGUAUUGUAUGAGUGUAUUUUAUAUGAGGGAGUAUUACGUCGACCACCCUACUAAAGUUACAAGAGAAAAAAAAAAGUCAGGAUGAGAAUGUUCCCCCCUCCAGAAAAAGGCAGCAUUAUGAAAACUUUUUCAAGCAAAAACCUUGUAUGUAACUCGUUCCUUGGCAAUAAUUUUUUAUGUUGGACAUCGCUUUGACCUUGCGCGCAAAACAACGAAUACGUUGAGGUUCCUAACGCCCCCUUGAGUGCGGUCGUUGUACUCCGUGAUUUGUUACCUCAUCUUCUCUGAUGAAAUAAAGAUCCGUAUCUGU